AUGCACAGAGUGAUUAGUGAAGAGGAGGGGGUGCAGGACGGGCCAAAUGUGGAAGCGUCAGAGGGGGACACUCCAAAUGGGGACGCGCCAGAGGAGCUGAAGAAAGUCAGGGCGGAACUGAAGACAGCCAAGGAGGAGCUGAAGACGGCCAAGAAGGAGGCAAAACAACUCGAGGAGGACUUGCAGAAGGCUAAGGACCGCGCGCUCAAAUGCGAGAAGCAAAAAAGGGAAACCCUGCAGGCAGCUCAAACUGCGCAGAAGAACCUGAAGGAGUGCACCGAGAGCGGCGCGUUAAACCUCACCCAGUGCAAAGCCCAGCUGGGCGAUAGAGAAAAGCAUCUGGACGUGUGCAGGGAGAACGAAGACAAGUGUUAUGCGAAAAUGAAAGAUCUGGGCAAGCAGCACGAGGAGCGGGUGAGUAGGAAGGAAGACGAAGCGGCACAGCUGAGGGAGAAGGUGCUCAGGCUGGAAAGGGCCCUCGAGGACAUGGAGCUCAAGUUGAACGCGCACUCGCAGUCGAAGCCGCCAUCAACGCUGAACGAGAACAGCUCCGCAGGUGGUGGUGGACGCCACGGCGAGGGUGAAGACAGCGACUACCUAAUUUCAUUCCCCAUGGUGCGAAGCUACUUCGUUAAGGUAUUAAAAAUCUACAAAACGUUUUACAUAAUAGCGUUCGAGCAGACUAACUUGGCAGGGCUCCUCUCCCAGGUAGCUCUCCAUAAGGAUGCCCUGGUGACUCACCUCAAGCUUUAUGGGAGACUUACCAUGGAAAGGCUGCACGAUUAUGAGAGCUUCAUCCGCGAAAGCGAUUGGGUGACUCGACUCAUGAGCCUUUACGAAAGCUCACCUCUCAGUCAGUAUGCACAGAUGAUGAAGAGGAAAGCUGCAAGUUUUGUCUCUACGGUGAGGAGGCUGUUGCUCCAAAAAGUGGUGCACCCCGUGAGUCGAGAGCUCUACCCUCAGAUGAUACAGUCGAUGAGAAAUAAAUACAUGAGCAUUGAGUGGGACCUCUUCCUCCAGAAGUUACAUAACAAUUCGGAAGUCCUGGUGGUGAAGCUAAAUUCUAUAAACCCAGAAUUGCAGGGGGUCAUUUCCCCUCGGUUGGAAGAUCAGCUGAUUUUGCUAAUUUUCUUCACCAUGGUGAAUAUCAUUCACUUGUAUUUACUUUUUUAUUUGCUGUUCCUUUUGGUUAAGCUAUUUAAACGGGUGAGUAUUUGUUUGUUCGUGUGGGGCUUCUUUUUCGUGUCUGUGGCCUACCGAUGCACCGUCUUUGUGCUGACGCUGCCGAUACGGCCGUGCUUGCGGAAGCGCGGCAACCGCAGUAGGAAGGCGUACCGCAGGCACGAGGAGAGGACCUGCGCAAACCCGGAGCGCGUCUCGUACCAGCAGCAGGAGAUUAAGAAGAUGCACCGGGGGCACAGCGUCCACCAGCGGAGGGGCUGA